AAAUUUAUCUCGCGCAUCGCGCGGGUCUAUUUCUAGUAUGACUAUAUGAGUUAAUGAGUGAUGCAAAUUUUAUAACAGAAAGAUCAAGUGUGUCGUCAUGAAAUUAAGAGUCUUGAGUUUUGUGAACACUGUGUUUGGGAAGCUUCACCAUAUAACCCAAGGCACGUUAUAUUAUAUCCAUUAUAUUCUGAUUGUUGGGGUUUGACUCGUGUUGAGUCUCUAGCUAGGUCACAUAUAUUUGUUUCAAUAAUUGAUGAUUAAUCAAGGAAGACGUGGGGGAUCAUCCUAAAGAACAAAAGUGAAGCUUUCAUGAACUUCAAAGAGUGAAAACCAUUAAUGGAAAAUCAAACAGGAAAUAAUAUCACAACAGAAUUCUGGUGAUGAAUGAAUGAAUCAAACGUUUGUUAGAAAGAACAAGUUGUAUGCUUUCAAAUGCUCCUUUAGAAAGAAUGUUCUUAGCUAAUUGUGGACCGCACACGGGUAUCAAUUGCAAGACACCUACAACGUUGUGACAUGGACAAUAUAAUCAUGGCUAACGCAAUUGUAUCGUUCGGUGUUACAAAGCUUUGGGAUCUCGUCAGCCAACAGUCUGCGCGAUUGUCGGGGGUUAAAGAGCAAGUUACUGAGCUAGAAACUGAACUGAAAAAGCUAUCGUCCUUUCUGAGUGAUGUAGAAGAAAGGAAACAAACAACUUCAUUUGCAAGAAAUUGUGUUGACGACGUAAAGGAAAUCAUUUAUGAUGCUGAGGAUAUAAUUGAAACAUAUCUUCUAAAGCAAGGAAGAUGUGAAAACGGUGGCAUCAAGAAUCACAUGAAAAGUCUUGCUUGCAUUCCAUUUGUUCGUAGGAAGACUGCUUUACAAAUCACAAGCAUCACCAAGAGAAUCUCCAAAGUGAUCCAGGAUAUGCAGAACGUUGGCAUACUAUCAAAAAACUUUGAAGGUGGGUAUCCGCAGGCUCAACAAGAUAGGAAAGAGAAGAUACGUCAUACAUAUUCUAGUGAAUCUAAAACCAUUCUUGUUGGGUUGGAGAAAAAUGUUGAGAGAUUGGUUGAGGAAUUGGUGGAAAAUGAUAGCAAUCAUGGGGUAUCCAUAACUGGAUUGGGUGGUCUUGGGAAAACAACUCUUGCGCGAGCAAUUUUUAAUCAUAUGACAAUAAAAUGUCAUUUUGAUGGACUUGUGUGGGUGUGUGUAUCACAAGACUGUAAGCGGAAGAAUGUGUGGCAAACCAUAUUGUGGACUCUUAGUCCUGGAGAUAAAGAUCGAGAAAUGUCGGAAGACGAACUUCAAGUGAAACUCGUUCAGUUAUUGAAAACAAAAAAAGCUUUGAUCGUCUUUGAUGACCUAUGGACAAAUGAAGACUGGAACCUGAUAAAGCCAGUGUUUCCAGUGAGAAAAGCUGCUAGUUGGAAGGUACUACUUACCUCACGCAAUGAGGCAGUAAAUCCAGAAUGUGUGACAUUUAAACCAGAACUCCUACAACCUGACGAAUGCUGGACACUUUUACAAAUGAUAGCAUUUCCUAAGAACGAAACUGGAUAUAUCAUUGAUAAAGAUAUGGAAGAUAUGGCUAAGGAGAUGAUAAAACAUUGUGGAGGACUACCAUUAGCUGUCGAAGUAUUAGGUGGGUUGUUAGCUGCCGAACACACCUCACAUCAGUGGAAACUGAUAUCUGAGAAUAUCAAAUCUCUUAUUGUUAGAGGGAGCAAUUCCAAUGUUGAAGAUAUCCUGUCUUUGAGCUUUGAAGGAUUGCCUAGUGAAUUAAAGCAGUGCUUACUUUACCUAGCCAUUUAUCCAGAAGAUCAUAAAGUAGAAUUAAACAACUUGUCUUAUGUUUGGGCUGCAGAAGGGAUAUUAAAACUUAGGCAUUACGAGGGAGCUACCAUUCGAGAUGUUGCGGAUCUCUACAUAAAAGAGUUAGUGAUGAGAAAUAUGGUUAUCUCCGAAAGAGACAAGUUGACUUCAAGAUUUGAAAAAUGUCAGUUGCAUGACUUGAUGAGAGAGAUUUGUUUGUUAAAAGGCAAGGAAGAGAACUUCUUACAGAUUGUUAGUGAUCCAACCUGCAGCUCAAGCGGACACUCUCAAGCUUCAAGCAAAUCACGUAGACUCGUAGUUUACCGCACAAAAAAAAUUAGUGGAGAGAGGGAGAUAAAGAAUUCCAAACUUAGAUCUCUCUUGUUUAUUGGGACUUCUUUUUGGAUGGGAUCAAACUUCAUGAAGUUACUACCAUUGUUGAGGGUUUUAGAUCUUGAGUUUGUUACAUUUAAGGGAGGGCAGUUACCAUCUAGCAUUGGAAAGCUCAUCCACUUGAAGUAUUUGAGUUUACAUCUGGGAGAGGUAACUCAUCUACCUGCAUCCAUACGGAAUCUGAAGUCGCUGCUCUAUUUCAAUCUAAGUGUUCGUGGUGGGAUGCCCGACGUACCCAAUGUCUUUAAACAUAUGGUAGAACUAAGAUUCCUCUACUUACCAAAAAUCACAAAUGGCAGGACAAAGUUGGAAUUGGGUAAUCUACUCAACUUGGAGACACUGUAUAAUUUCUCAACGAAGCAUAGCAGUGUGACGGAUCUUCACCGUAUGUCAAGGCUACGGAGUCUGUCUUUCUAUAUAAGUAACGAGGAAUGGGGUAUGGUAUCAUCAACUCUAUGUAAAUUGGGAAAGCUGGAAGAUCUUACUAUUAAAUCUUAUGAAGACGACAAUCAUCUCAAACAACAGAAGCUACCCGACGUGCAACAUCUCCCUUCUCAUCUUAUAGACAUAUCUCUAUAUGGUUGUCGUUUGGAGGAGGAUCCGAUGCCAAUUCUAGGAAAACUGCUACAACUGAAAACGGUUUCGUUACUAGAUGACGUUUAUGUUGGGAGGAGAAUGGUUUGCUCGGAUGGAGGGUUUCCUAAAUUACAGAUUCUUAGAUUAGAUAGUAUACCAAAAUUGGAAGAGUGGACAGUGGAAGAAGGCUCCAUGCCAUGUCUUCAUACUCUGUAUCUUAGACGAUGUUCAAACUUGAAGAAGCUUCCUGUUGGCCAGCGAUUCAUCAUUCCUAAAUUGCAGAAACUUUUCAUAUGGGACCUAGAGGAGUGGGAAGAGUGGAUAGUAGAAGAAGGCUCCAUGCCACUUCUUCAUUCUCUGACAAUUUCGAAUUGUGAUAAGUUAAAGCUUCCAGAUGGGCUGAGAUUUAUCACUUCGUUAAAGGAAUUUACUAUCCGCACAAAAGAAAGGGAAUUACAGAAUAAAGUUUCCAAAGGAGGAGAAGAUUACUAUAAAAUCCAACACAUUCCUCUUAUUCGAUAUGACUGGGAUGAACACAAUAUAUCAUAUAUGUUAGAGGUGCUGGUGACUGUCCUCCUCGCUGGUUUGUAAGUCUAUAUAAUUCAAGACACAUGAAAGAGAAUUCCUCUGAUUCAAUAUAAAGCGGAAUGAAGACAACGAGGUGAUAUAGGAAAAGGAGAGUUUAAGAAUAGGGAUAGGGAUGGAUACGUGGAUGGUGGCUGGUGAUUAAAAGAAUAAGCAACGGCUGAGAUGGAAAUUAUUAGGAAUGGUUGUGUGUAAAGUGUAAACUGUAAAGGAAGCUGACAAUCAAAUUACAGAGAUAAUCGAAUAAU